ACCCGCAUCGCGACGCCGGCGGCGGCAGGUCCUAUCGGCGGGCCGGUGGCGCGCUGCAGACCGAGUCCUCAGAGCGCAGGGUUCGGACACGCGGGACACGCGGGCGGCCAGGAUGCCGGUGCGGGGAGAUCGCGGCUUUGUCCCGCGGCGGGAGCUGUCAGGCUGGGUCCGCGCUCCCGGCAUGGAAGAAUUGAUCUGGGAGCAGUACACUGUGACUUUACAGAAGGAUUCCAAGAGAGGAUUUGGGAUUGCAGUAUCCGGAGGCAGAGACAACCCCCACUUUGAAAAUGGGGAGACAUCCAUUGUCAUUUCUGAUGUGCUCCCGGGCGGACCUGCUGAUGGACUACUGCAAGAAAAUGACAGGGUGGUCAUGGUUAAUGGCACCCCCAUGGAGGACGUGCUCCAUUCCUUCGCUGUCCAGCAGCUGAGAAAGAGUGGGAAGAUAGCUGCAAUUGUGGUCAAGAGGCCUCGGAAGGUGCAGGUAGCCCCCCUGCAGGGCACCCCUCCAGGAAACGAUGACGACCGGGGUUUCGAGGUGAUGGAUGAGUUCGAUGGCCGGAGCCUGCGCAGCGGCUACAGCGAGCAGAGCCCCCGCAGCAGUCGCGGGCGGCGCAGCCACAGCUGGGAGGACAGCCCGGAGAGGGGGCGCCCGCACAGCCGGGCGCGGAGCGGGGAUCGGCACCGGGAGCGCAGCCGUGGCCGCAGCCUGGAGCGUGGCCUGGACCAGGACUAUGAUCGAGCCCGCGAGAGCAGCCGGGGCCGCGGCAUCGAUGAGCCCUGGGAGCGCGCCUACAGCCCCGACGUGGAGUACGGCCGCAGGGCCAGGCCCGAAGCCCGCUACGAGGCGUCCCGCAGCCGAAGCCGCGAGCAUUUGCGCUCACGGAGCCCGAGCCCCGAGGGGCGGGGGCGGCUGGACCAGCAGGAUGGGGACAGGCCCAUCGGGGUCCUUCUGACGAAGAACAAAGCGAAUGAAGAAUAUGGGCUCCGGCUCGGGAGUCAGAUCUUCAUAAAAGAAAUGACAAGAACAGGUCUUGCAACUAAAGAUGGCAACCUUCAUGAAGGAGACAUCAUUCUCAAGAUCAAUGGAACUGUAACUGAGAACAUGUCUUUAACGGAUGCUCGAAAACUAAUAGAAAAAUCCAGAGGGAAACUUCAACUUGUGGUGCUGAGAGACAGCAGGCAGACCCUCAUCAAUAUCCCAUCUUUAAAUGACAGUGACUCUGAAAUAGAAGAUAUCUCAGAAAUAGAGUCCAACCGAUCAUUUUCUCCAGAGGAGAGACGGCAGCACUAUUCUGAUCAUGACUAUCAUUCUUCAAAUGAGAAGCUGAAGGAAAGGCCAAAUUCAGGAGAGGGCACGCCUAGCAGAUGGUCCAGAAUGGGCGCCACCCCCACUCCGUUCAAGUCUACUGGUGAUAUUGCAACUGCAGUGGAAUCUGAGAAACCCAGACACCAUGAAGAAGGCACAGCUCCUCAGCCAAAAGCACUCCCAAGAAGUUUUCUUCGGCCUAGUCCUGAAGAUGAAGCUAUAUAUGGCCCCAAUACCAAAAUGGUGAGAUUCAAAAAGGGCGAUAGCGUGGGCCUCCGGCUGGCUGGUGGCAAUGAUGUGGGGAUCUUUGUGGCUGGUAUCCAGGAGGGCACCUCUGCGGAACAAGAAGGUCUUCAAGAAGGGGACCAGAUUUUGAAGGUGAACACACAAGAUUUCCGAGGGCUGGUUCGAGAGGAUGCCGUUCUCUACCUGUUAGAGAUUCCCAAAGGGGAAACUGUGACCAUCUUGGCUCAGAGCCGAGCUGAUGUGUACAGAGACAUCCUGGCUUGCGACCGGGGGGACUCGUUCUUCAUCAGGAGUCACUUUGAAUGUGAGAAGGAGACCCCACAGAGCCUGGCUUUCACACGAGGGGAGGUCUUCCGUGUGGUGGACACGCUGUAUGACGGCAAGCUGGGUCACUGGCUGGCUGUGAGGAUUGGAAACGAACUGGAGAAAGGUUUAAUCCCCAACAGAAGCAGAGCUGAACAGAUGGCCAGUGUUCAGAAUGCCCAGAGGGACAAUGCUGGGGACCGGGCUGACUUCUGGAGAAUGCGUGGCCAGCGGUCAGGCUUGAAGAAGAACUUACGCAAGAGUCGGGAAGACCUCACAGCGGUGGUGUCAGUUAGCACCAAGUUCCCUGCCUAUGAGAGAGUGUUGCUGCGAGAAGCUGGUUUCAAGAGACCUGUUGUAUUAUUUGGACCCAUAGCAGACAUAGCACUGGAAAAGUUGGCAACUGAGUUACCGGACCUGUUCCAAACUGCUAAAACAGAACCAAAAGAUGCAGGAUCAGAGAAAUCCAGUGGCGUGGUGCGGUUAAAUACUGUGAGGCAAAUUAUUGAACAGGAUAAACAUGCAUUGCUGGAUGUGACUCCUAAAGCUGUGGACCUAUUGAAUUAUACUCAGUGGUUCCCGAUUGUGAUUUUUUUCAACCCAGACUCUAGACAGGGUGUCAAGACCAUGCGACAGAGGUUGAAUCCAACAUCCAACAAAAGUUCUCGAAAGUUAUAUGACCAAGCCAAUAAACUUAAGAAAACUUGUGCACAUCUUUUCACAGCUGUAAUCAACCUGAAUUCAGCCAAUGACGGCUGGUUUGGCAGCUUGAAGGACACGAUCCAGCAGCAGCAAGGAGAAGCAGUAUGGGUCUCGGAGGGAAAGAUGGAAGGGAUGGAUGAUGAUCCUGAAGACCGAAUGUCCUACUUAACCGCCAUGGGUGCGGACUAUCUGAGUUGCGACAGCCGCCUCAUCAGUGACUUUGAGGACACCGACGGUGAAGGAGGUGCCUACACUGACAAUGAGCUGGAUGAGCCAGCCGAGGAACCCACAGUGUCUUCCAUCACCCGCUCCUCGGAGCCGGUGCAGCAUGAGGAGAGCAUAAGGAAAUGUAGCCCAGAGCCACGAGCUCAGAUGAGGAGGGCUGCAAGCAGAGAUCAACUUAGGGACACUAGUCCACCUCCCGCAUUCAAGCCAGAGCCGCCCAAGGCCAAAAUACAAACCAGAGAUGACUCCUUUGAUCGCUCCAGAUCCCAUGAGUACAAGUCAAAUCCCUCUGUCUCAGCUGGCAGUGAAAUCCCUGGGGCACCCACCAAAGGUUGCCCUCCUCCUGUCGCAGCAAAACCUAACUUCGGAUGGUCUAUUUUGAAACCCUCAACUCAUGUGCCACCCCUGGAGAGUGAUGAGGUGGGGGAGAGCAGUGAGGAGCAAGACAACACUCCCAAAUCUGUCCUGGGCAAAGUAAAAAUCUUUGAGAAGAUGGACCACAAGGCGCGACUUCAGAGAAUGCAAGAACUCCAAGAAGCACAGAGUGCAAUGGUGGAAAUUGCUCAGAAGCAUCCUGAUAUCUAUGCAGUUCCAAUCAAAACCCACAGACCAGACCCUGGCUCUCCAAAGUACACAAGUUCCAGAGCCCCUGAGCCACAGAAAGUCCCUUCCAGAUUCUACCAGGAGCCCUGGGGAAGUUACGGCAGUGAUGCUGAGGAGGAGGAGUACCGCCAACAGCUGUCGGAGCACUCGAAGCGUGGCUACUAUGGCCAGGCAUCUCGAUACCGGGAUACUGAAUUAUAGCCAUCUUGGGAGUGACUUCUA